GCUUCGUUCAACAAUUAACAUGGUGAUAAUAUGCGGCGCUUAGUGUAGCCCCUGUGUAACUCCCAUUCUAGAAGUGUCGCAAACAGCUCGCGUUUAUUUAUCUCAGUCCGUUCUAAACAUUGGGUGCGUUUGUUUGUCACUGUUCCGUAUUUUAUUUUUAUAUGAAAUAUGAACGAUAUAGAAAGUCUGAUCCCCGAAGAUAAGGAAACGAGACUCGUGUUUUUUGUUAAUGGAAAAAAGGUGAUAGAACCGAGCCCUGACCCAUUAUGGACGCUGCUGUGGUACCUGCGCAAGAGACUGUUGCUGACCGGCACCAAGUACGGCUGCGGGGAGGGCGGCUGCGGCGCCUGCACCGUCAUGCUGUCACAGUACAGGAAACACGAAGAUCGUGUCAAGCACAUCGCAGUAAACGCAUGCUUGACUCCUUUAUCGGCUGUGCACGGACUGGCAGUGACUACUGUUGAAGGUAUUGGAUCGACCGCGGAGAAGUUGCAUCCUGUCCAAGAGAGAAUAGCAAAAUCACACGGAUCACAGUGCGGAUUUUGUACGCCAGGCAUAGUUAUGUCCAUGUACACGCUGCUGAGAAAUAAAACAAGCAUUAAAUACGAAGACAUCGAAACUGCCUUACAAGGAAAUCUCUGCAGAUGCACAGGAUAUAGACCUAUCAUAGAGGGUUUCAAAACAUUUAUUGAACCCUGGGAAGCAAAGUAUAGUCCUGUUGAUCAGGUUGCAUCGUGUGGAAUGGGAAAAGAUUGCUGUCGUAACAAAAAUAAUGAUAUAAACUCGGACGAGAAACUGUUUAAUACUACAGAGUUCAAGCCCUAUGAUCCUACCCAAGAACCUAUAUUUCCACCAGAAUUAAAAUUGUCCGAUGAAUACAAUUCAAACUACUUAUUUUACAGAGGAGAAGAAAACGUGUGGUUAAGACCCCGUAGCCUCGAAGAACUCUUAAAGAUAAAAGAAAAAUUCCCAUUUAGUAAAAUUGUAGUCGGUAAUACCGAAAUAGGGGUAGAAGUCAAAUUUAAAAGAAAGGUUUAUCCCAUUUUGAUUUCUCCACUAAUGGUGCCGGAACUAAAUGUAUUGCAAGUGGUAGAUAAGGGAAUUCAAAUCGGCGGUGCGAUCACACUUACAGAGUUGAAUAGCUUUUUACAACAUUUUAUUGAAAAAAAUAACGAGAAAGCUGGUAUUUUGGACUCGGUUAGUGAUAUGUUACAUUAUUUUGCCGGCCAACAAGUACGGAAUGUAGCAUCGCUUGUAGGAAACAUAAUAACAUCUAGUCCCAUAUCAGAUAUAAAUCCAAUACUAUUGGCGUCUUCAGCAACCAUUUGUGUAUCUAGUUCAAGAAACGGUUUAAGGAAAAUAACUAUAGACGAUAAUUUUUUUACUGGCUAUAGGAAAGUUAAUAUUGCCGAUAAUGAAGUAGUUUUAUACGUCGAGAUCCCAUUUACAGAUAAACUCCAGUUUUUCAAAGCGUAUAAGCAGGCUAAACGCAAUGAUGAUGACAUUUCAAUAGUAACUGCAGCCUUUAAUGUUAAAUUCACUGAUGCUUAUAACGUUUGUGAAGCACAAAUUUGCUAUGGAGGUAUGGGACCGACGACUAUUUGUGCCUCCAAAUCGUCAAAUUUGAUAAAAGGUCAGCAUUGGAAUGAUGCUAUGUUACAAAAAGUAUUUGAGUCUCUUACACAAGAAUUACAACUCAAUAACUCUGCACCAGGAGGUAUGGCUGCGUAUAGAAAAUCACUGUGCCUCAGUUUAUUUUUCAGAUUUUAUAUGUUUGUUUUAAGCAAGCUGCAAUACAAUGGUUACUGUAUAGAUAAUAAAGAUGCAUUAGGAGCAUAUUGCAUACCUAGCGCGGAGCCAGAAAGCUCCCAAUGUUUUGAAAUCAAAAACAAUAGGAAAAGCGAUUUUGAUACGAUUGGGAAACCUAUUGUGCAUAUGUCAGCGCUGAAACAAGCCACUGGAGAAGCAAUUUAUUGCGAUGAUAUUCAGCCUACUCAAGGAGAGUUGUAUUUAUGUUUAGUUAAAAGCACAGAGAGCUAUGCAAGAAUAAUUUCUAUGGAUUCAUCUAAAGCUCUGUCACUGCCAGGAGUAGUAGCUUUCUUAUCAGCAGAUGAUUUACCCGGACAAAGGAAUAAAAUGGGAGCUAUUGAACAAGAUGAAGAUAUCUUUGCUAGGAAUGUCGUGACAAGUCAGUCUUGCAUUGUCGGUGCUGUUGUAGCUACAUCAGAAAAUAUAGCACGCAAAGCAAGAGAUGCGAUUGUAGUGAAUUAUGAAAAAUUACAUCCAGUUGUUGUUAGCAUUGAGGAUGCAAUUUACAAUAAAUCUUACUUUCCCGGCUAUCCAAAAACGCUAAACAAAGGUAAUGUCGAUGAUGCAUUUUCUAAAUGUACCAAAACAACAGAAGGAAUUAUACGAAAUGGAGCGCAAGAACAUUUUUACUUAGAAACAAUGUCUGCGAUUGCCGUUCGAAAAGAAGAUGAUUUGGAAAUUGUAUGUUCGUCACAGGAUCCUGCAGAAGUAUCUAUAUUGGUGUCAAAAGCACUGGGCAUCCCAAAUAAUAAAGUUGUAACUACAGUUAAAAGAAUCGGAGGAGGUUUUGGUGGCAAGGAAACGAGGGCUAAUGUACUGGCUGUUCCUGUCGCUGUAGCAGCAUAUAAAUUAAAGAAACCUAUUAGGGCCGUAUUUGAUAGAGAUGAAGAUAUGCAAAUUACUGGAUACAGACAUCCUUGCCUUAUAAAGUACAAGGUUGCCUUUAACGACGACGGCAAAAUCACUGGGAUUAUCUAUGAAAUGUAUUUUAAUGCAGGCAAUUAUAUGGACAUCUCGCCAUCGAUGGUUUCGCGAGCUAUUUUUCACGUGGAUAACUGUUAUUUUGUCCCAAAUAUACAAGUCAACGCAUAUCUCUGCAAAACCAAUACCCCAUCUAAUACCGCAUUCAGAGGAUUUGGUGCCCCUCAAGCUAUGUUGGCCGCAGAAGUAGUAGUACGAGAUGUGGCUGCAAAGCUCAACAAACCAUAUGAGAACUUGAUUGAGAUGAAUUUGUACCGAGAAGGAGAUUUGACUCAUUUCAACCAAAAACUCGUCCAUUGUUCUCUAUCGCGUUGUUGGAACGAAUGUAUUGAGACAUCAAAUUAUUGGGAACGCAAGAAGCAUGUUGAAGAGUUUAAUAGGCUAAACAGGUGGAAGAAGAAAGGAAUCAGUCUUGUUCCAACUAAAUAUGGCAUAUCUUUUGGUGCUGACUUCUUCAUGCAAGCAGGUGCACUAUUGCACAUCUAUAGAGAUGGAUCCGUUCUUUUGUCUAUUGGCGGAAUCGAGAUGGGUCAGGGACUGUUUACGAAAAUGAUUCAAGUGGCAUCUAAAGCCCUGGACGUGGAUAUAUCCAAAGUCCAUAUAAGCGAGAUGGCAACAGACAAGGUUCCGAACAGUUCACCGACAGCUGCAAGUAUGAGUUCCGAUUUGUACGGAAUGGCUGUGUUGAACGCUUGCGAAAAAUUAAACGAAAGACUUAAGCCAAUCAAGGAGAUGAAUCCGAAUUGGUCAUGGGAGGAGUGGAUUUCUAGCGCAUAUUUCGACCGCAUCGCUUUGUCAGCUACAGGGUUUUAUUCUGCCCAAAAAGUGGAUUACAACGCAGAAACGAAUUCCGGCACGCUAUACGAGUAUUUUACUUAUGGUGUUGCGUGCUCCGAGGUCAUAAUCGACUGCCUCACCGGAGAUCAUCAGGUUCUUAGGACAGAUAUCGUGAUGGACCUAGGAGACAGUCUCAACCCGGCCAUCGAUAUCGGUCAGAUCGAGGGAGCAUUUGUCCAGGGCUAUGGAUUUUACACGAUGGAGGAAAUGCUGGUGUCACCGUCCGGAGAGAUUUUGUCAAAGGGCCCAGGAGCGUACAAGAUACCUAGCUUGUCGGAUAUACCGAAGCAAUUUAACGUGUCGCUAUUGAAAGGAGCUCCGAACCCACGAGCUGUGUACUCGUCAAAGGCAGUAGGUGAGCCCCCACUGUUUCUGUCUGCGUCGGUGUUGUUCGCCAUCAAGGAAGCUAUCAAGAGUGCUCGUGUAGAUGCGGGGGUGACGCCGGAUUUCACACUCUCAGCGCCAGCUACCUGCGCCCGUAUUAGGAUGGCUUGCGUCGAUUUUAUUACACAGCAGGUUGAGCCUACUAUCAAGAACGACGGGAAACCUUGGAAUAUAGAAUUGUAGUAGGCUGUAGCAAUACUUGUAUCUACUAAGACUUCAUUGUCUCUCCGUCUGUCUGUCUCCAGGCUGUAUCUCAA